CAAAGAGCUUAUUAUGACUACACUUCCCAGCAUACGUGGCGCAUAGUACGUUUGUGAUGUCACAAUGAGUAUACGGUUACACUGUAGCAUUCCUUACUCUAUUGUUACUUUGUAACAAACCGGGGCAGAGGCGAGGAAAAGGAGGACGUCAAUCUGGCAAAAAGUCUAACAUUUUGACAUUACUGUACCAAACAAGGCGAAGAACGUAACCGUAUUUAUACUUGAAGAAAAACUGCAUCGAUCCGAUUGAAACCACCAUUGCAAAGAAAGGAUAAACGAAACAGAUGUCAGCGGAUUGCUCUUCCAAUGCAAGCAUUGAAAGGCUCAAACCAGGAAGAUAAGUCAUCUGCAGUUAUCUCAAAUUGUAACGUCUUAAACGAAACGGAUAAUGUCAGUAGCCUAAUAAAUUUCAACCAAACUGUUUGACGUCCUUCUUUCCCACCGCCUGCCCCGGCUUUAGGAUUGCUACGUCAAAGUUAAAUGGAACAUGCACUCCUGGAAGCGACCAUAAAAUAAAUGUCCUUUAUAUAGUCAGUUAGUUCUUUACAGUAUUUAUGCAUUAGUAGGCUGACUAUCACAUAAAUAAGUAUUCAUACUGAAUAAAGUAACUAUUCGUUUUACUGUAGAAAGCUUUAGACUACAAUUAGAGAGAAGCUAAAACUGUCUGGGGAAAAAUCUAAAUAGGGCGUUUCAAGAUCCAAGAACAAUCCUCGGUGAAUAAAAGGAACGUUCAGCGUUUUGAUCGGGAGAAGAGGGUCCUUUUCUGCCGAAGACAUCAAGUUUCCAUGGAGGCAGUUUCGUCUCUCAGCCUCAAGCGAAGAUUUGAGGAGGUGGACAGUGGCUCUCCCUACUCUACACCAAAGGACUCUGACGAUGAUAUCUCCAGCAGUGACAGCGCUGACAGCUGUGAUAGCCUCAACCCCCCCUCCAGCACUGCACUCACACCAACCUCCAUCCUAAGACGGCAAAAGCCCUCUCCAGGCCGGAAGCGGGUGCGGUUCGAUGUGGUGACGGUGUACUACUUCCCCAGGCGGCAGGGCUUUACCAGCGUGCCCAGCCAGGGGGGCAGCUCCCUAGGCAUGGCACGCCACCACUGCUCCAUCCGCCGAUACACACUGGGAGAGUUCGUCCGCGAGCAGGAGACCAGUCACCGCCACGCCCUGCGCCAACACCUCCGCCAGGAGAAGCUCAACGCUCGCAAGAUAAAGCUGACGCGUAACGGUACGGUGCAGUGUGCCCAGGCUGACCUGCUGACCCUGGAGGACGUGUCAGACGACGACUUGGAUGUAGAGGGUGUGGAGGUGGACGACUGCUUCUUCCUGCAGCCGCUUCCCACAAAGCGGCGUCGGGCACUGCUCAGGGCCUCCGGUAUCGCCCGUAUAGAUGCCCGGGAGAAGGCUGAGCUACGGACCAUCAGGCUGUCCAGGGAGGAGUGUGGCUGUGACUGCCGUUUCUACUGUGACCCCCGUCACUGUGUCUGCAGCCAGGCUGGCAUCAAGUGCCAGGUGUGUUAAGUCAAAUGAAAUACUUGCUUACAAGUCCUCCCCAAUGAUGCAGAGUUUAAUAAAUAAAACAGUAACACAUGAGGAAUAAAAUCAAAUAUGGAACUAUAUACAUAUGGAACUAUAUACAAAUGGAACUAUAUACAUAUGGAACUAUAUACAUAUGGAACUAUAUACAUAUGGAACUAUAUACAUAUGGAACUAUAUACAAAUAGAACUAUAUACAUAUGGAACUAUAUACAUAUGGAACUAUAUACAAAUGAAGUCGGAAGUUUACAUACACCUUAGCCAAAUACAAUUUAACUCAGUUUUUCACAAUUCCUGACAUUUAAUCAUAGUAAAAAUUCCCUGUCUUAGGUCAGUUAAGAUCGCCACUUUAUUUUAAGAAUGUGAAAUGUCAGAAUAAUAGUAGAGAGAAUGAUUUUUUUCAGCUUUUAUUUAUGUCAUCACAUCACACGUUUACACUUCACAUUUAUUAGUAUUUGGUAGCAUUGCCUUUCAAUUGUUUAAUUUGGGUCAAACGUUUCGGGCAGCGUUCCACAAGCUUCCCAUAAUAAGUUGGGUGAUUUUUGACCAGGUACAAAUCUGUCGUUCUGCCCCUGCACAGGACCCACUGAACCCACUGUUCCUAGGCCGUCAAUGAAAAUAAGAAUUUGUUCUUAACUGACUUGCCUAGUAAAAUAAAGGUAAAAUAAAUAAAAAAGUAACUGAGUCAGGUUUGUAGGCCUCUUUGCUCUCACAUGCUUUUUCAGUUCUGCCCACAAAUGGGAAUGAGGUCAGGGCUUUGUGAUGGCCACUCCAAUACCUUGACUUUGUUGUCCUAAAGCCAUUUUGCCACAACUUUGGAAGUAUGCUUGGGGUCAUUGUCCAUUUGGAAGAUCCAUUUGUGACUAAGCUUUAACUUCCUGACUGAUGUCUUGAGAUGUUGCUUCAAUAUAUCCACAUAAUUUUCCCUCCUCGUGAUGCCAUCUAAUUUUGUGAAGUGCACCAGUCCCUCCUGCAGCAAAGCACACCCACAACAUGAUGCUGCCACCCCCGUGCUUCACGGUUGGGAUGGUGUUCUUCGGCUUGCAAGCCUCCCCCUUUUUCCUCCUAACAUAACAAUGGUAAUUAUGGCCAAACAGUUCUAUAUUUGUUUCAUCAGACCAGAGAACAUUUCUCCAAAAAGUAAGAUCUUUGUCCCCAGGUGCAGUUGCAAACCGUAGUCUGGCUUUUUUUAUUGCGGUUUUGGAGCAGUGGCUUUUUCCUUGCUGAGCGGCCUUUCAGGUUAUGUCGAUAUAAGACUUGUUUUACUUUUGUACCGGUUUCCUCCAGCAUCUUCACAAGGCCCUUUGUUGUUGUUCUGGGAUUGAUUUGCACUUUUUGCACCAAAGUACGUUAAUCUCUAGGAGACAGAACGUGUCCACUUCCUGAGUGGGAUGAUGGCUGCGUGAUCCCGUGGUGUUUAUACUUGCAUACUAUUGUUUGUACAGAUGAAUGUGGUACAUUCAGCCAUUUGGAAAUUGCUCCCAAGGAUGAACCAGACUUGUGGAGGUCUACAAUUUUAUUCAUGAGGUCUCGGCUGAUUUCUUUUGAUUUUCCCAUGAUGUCAAGCAAAGAGGCACUGAGUUUGAAGGUAGACCUUGAAAUACAUCCACAGGUACACCUCCAAUUGACAAAAAUUAUGUCAAUUAGCCUAUCAGAAGCUUCUAAAGCCAUGACAUCAUUUUCUGGAAUUUUCCAAGUUGUUUAAAGGCACAGUCAACUUAGUGUUUGUAAACUUCUGACCAACUGAAAUUGUGAUGCAGUGAAUUAUAAGUUAAAUAAUCUGUCUGGAAACAAUUGUUGGAGAAAAAAAAGUAUAUGUCCUAACCGUCAUCAGGAUAGAUAAUAAUAAGGUAUUUGAGGUAGAUAUGUACAUGAAGGCAGGGUAAAGUGACUAGGCAUCAGGAUAGAUAAUAAUAAGGUAUGUGAGGUAGAUAUGUACAUGAAGGCAGGGUAAAGUGACUAGGCAUCAGGAUAGAUAAUAAUAAGGUAUUUGAGGUAGAUAUGUACAUGAAGGCAGGGUAAAGUGACUAGGCAUCAGGAUAGAUAAUAAUAAGGUAUUUGAGGUAGAUACAAUAUGUACAUGAAGGCAGGGUAAAGUGACUAGGUAUCAGCAUAGAUAAUAAUAAGGUAUUUGAGGUAGAUAUGUACAUGAAGGCAGGGUAAAGUGACUAGGCAUCAGGAUAGAUAAUAAUAAGGUAUUUGAGGUAGAUAUGUACAUGAAGGCAGGGUAAAGUGACUAGGCAUCAGGAUAGAUAAUAAUAAGGUAUUUGAGGUAGAUACAAUAUGUACAUGAAGGCAGGGUAAAGUGACUAGGUAUCAGCAUAGAUAAUAAUAAGGUAUUUGAGGUAGAUAUGUACAUGAAGGCAGGGUAAAGUGACUAGGCAUCAGGAUAGAUAAUAAUAAGGUAUGUGAGGUAGAUAUGUACAUGAAGGCAGGGUAAAGUGACUAGGCAUCAGGAUAGAUAAUAAUAAGGUAUUUGAGGUAGAUAUGUACAUGAAGGCAGGGUAAAGUGACUAGGUAUCAGCAUAGAUAAUAAUAAGGUAUUUGAGGUAGAUAUGUACAUGAAGGCAGGGUAAAGUGACUAGGCAUCAGGAUAGAUAAUAAUAAGGUAUUUGAGGUAGAUAUGUACAUGAAGGCAGGGUAAAGUGACUAGGCAUCAGGAUAGAUAAUAAUAAGGUAUUUGAGGUAGAUAUGUACAUGAAGGCAGGGUAAAGUGACUAGGCAUCAGGAUAGAUAAUAAUAAGGUAUUUGAGGUAGAUAUGUACAUGAAGGCAGGAUAAAGUGACUAGGCAUCUGGAUAGAUAAUAAUAAGGUAUUUGAGGUAGAUAUGUACAUGAAGGCAGGGUAAAGUGACUAGGCAUCAGGAUAGAUAAUAAUAAGGUAUUUGAGGUAGAUAUGUACAUGAAGGCAGGAUAAAGUGACUAGGCAUCAGGAUAGAUAAUAAUAA